UUUAUAAUACUGUUUGGAACUGAAAGACAACAAGAUUUCACCUUCUGGAGCAUAGAUUUCAUGGAUUCAAAUUCCAACACUGUGGUUCUAACUGGUUUUGGUCCCUUUAGACAAUACCUGGUUAAUUCUAGCUGGGAAGCAGUGAAGGAGCUGGCCAAGAGAGGCCUUGGUAAAAACAUAGAUCUCCAAAUCAUGCAGCUGCCAGUGGUUUACCAAAAAGCAAAGGAGCAAGUCUUCAAGAUAUGGAUGACUCUUCAGCCACUGAAAAAACAGCUUGCUGUUCACGUUGGGCUGGCUUCAUCCGCCAAAGCACUCAUCAUCCUGGAGCAGUGUGGGAAGAACAAAGGCUACCAAGAGAUGGAUGCUUGUGGUUUUCACCCAGAAGGUGGCUGCUGCAUGCUAGAUGGCCCGGAAAAGAUUGAAUCUACAAUUAAUAUGAAGACUCUCUGGAAAAACAUUUCAGUGGAAGGGAUUGAUAUCAUCUUUUCCAGAGAUGCGGGAAGGUAUAUCUGUGACUUCACCUACUACACUUCCCUGUAUUACGGCAACGGGAGAGCGGCGUUCAUCCAUGUCCCUCCACUAUCCAAAGGGGUCACAGCUGACUUUCUAGGAAAAGCAUUACAGACAAUUAUCUUAGAAAUGUUAAAACAGUGUGGGGAAGAGAGAGAGACGGAUCAUGUAAGAAUGAACACCUAAGGACUUCUUAGAAUGCAAUUCCUUACUCUCUUAAAUGAAGCAACUCUAAAGAUUAUUUGAAAAGCUAAGAGAAAGGACUUUAUAUUCUGUGUUAUUUUCAGGGAAACUGCCUUAACAAAACCCAAAGAACUGUAUAAAUCUCUCUUUAGUGUAAAAAGCUUGAGAGAAAAAAACAAAUGUCUGUCUUGCUAACAAUGAUGAGGUUGCUUCAGAUUCAAGGAGACGUGAAAAUGGACUUAGAACAUUUUAGACAUACAAUCCUAGUUCUGUUGGUUAGAAGGACACAAAGACUUGCUGAACUAAGAUGGAUGCUUAGAGCUGUAGGGACAUUCAGCACUGGAUGGACAGAAGAGAAGGCCCCCACAGCCCCUGUCCAAGUACAGAGAAACAGUUCAGCCCUACAAAGUACCCACAGGAAAAAAAGUAAAUACAAGCAGGGAUUUUGUUAUGUGAUGCUCUACAAUUAUCUCUUAGUGACCUGCUCUAAAUGCUGUUUCUACUUCAGAAAUGGGCUACAAACCCAGAGGGACUUAAAAGAAAGUAAACAACAAGAUGGAAUCCAGCCAGAAUUGUAAUGCUAUUAGUAAUUUGGGUUUCAACUGCCUGACAACACCACUUAUCCCAAAUGCUCAGUGCCUGUCCCAAAGGAAAACACCGUGGUCCUUCCACAGAGCACAGCAAAAAGACAGCAGUCUUCCAGCAGAACAGGUCACAGCUAUCCAGGGAUUAGACAUCAAAAUCAGGAGGCUAGCUUGUCCCAAGAAAGGCAAGAGCUGAAGCACUGUGCUGUGGCACAUUGUUUCUUACAGAACAGGAAACUAAUGAGAUCCCAUACCGUAAAACUUGGAAUCAGACAGUGACAGAUCACUUCUGUGCCUCCCUCCUGCCAAGCCCGGCUCCUCCAUCUCUCAAACACAGCUCUAUACAGAAGGACUGAAAGCCAAGUAUGACAGGUUUAUAGCACUUCCAUCCUCCAGUACCAGGGAAUGUCAAUGCACACUCUCCUUGAUAAUCCUGCUAGUACCAUGACAGACAAGUAUGACACAAAAUUAUCAGGUAUUUUUCAAAAGCAGUGACUAGGACAGCAGCAGCUUCAUUUGGACACCUGAGAUUUCUCCAGGGAAACAAGAGCCCAUUCCCCAAGUAUCACGUCAGUAAGAAGGACAUCAGACAAACCUAAGAGCACAGACAGAUGGAGCUUUGUGUCACCAGUGUACCUCAUUUCAGUCAGCACUUGGAUGACAAGUCAGAGGAACUGGAAACACCAAGAUAAUUCUAGUUUCCUUACCACUGUCUUUUUCAAGACUGUUGCUGAAAACUGGCAAGCACGUGCUGGAUGGCUGAAUGUCUCACCUCUGGAUUGCUGCAAGGGUAAAUAAAUAAGCAGGUUUUCUUCAAAUAAAUAAAUAAACGAUCUUACCUUAUUCAAGCUAACUACCUACUGCAAACCAGGACUCCAAGUCCCAUUCAGAAAGAGUCCACAAGAUCAGUGUCACUGGAUGAAAACACUUCAGACUUCAACACAAUGUAAUGGCAGUACUGACCCCUACUAAGAUUUACUCAGAGUAGCUCAAUUAAAGGCAGCCAAAAAGGACAGAAGAAAAACACAUUUACUCAAUUUUUUCUAACCUCUACUUGCUUCACAUACAGAGCAACAAAUUGAAACAGACAAAUGCAUACAGAAUUCUUUUAUUUAACUUAAAUCAUGUAGUACUGAAACUACUAGAAAAAAGCAGAGUAAGAGAAACUAAAGGAGCCUUAGCUUCAGCCAUUCAAAAUAGACAAAGUUUCUUCUUUUCAUAAUGUAAAGAAUCCCGAGUAUAUCGCAAUAACAGGAAUAAAUUCUUACAACAGAAUAUACAAAAA